AUGGCUUCUGAGAAGGCCGCAUCGCGCUCCCCCAGCGCGAGCCCCGCGCCGGAGACGAUGAAGUCACGAAUGGAAGCCCGUUUGGCUGCCGUUGACACGAGUUCCGAGGAUGAUGAAUCCAGUCAACCCAUCCGCAAGAGCAAAUCACCACCACAUGCCACCCAGGCCAGUGACUCGGAAGAAGAAGUCAUUUUCCGACCCAGAGGACGGCUCGCUGCUCAGCUGAAGGGCGGCAUCGAGCCUUCAGACGCAGAAGACGAGCCCGAGAGCUUCAUGGACCGAAUUCAGAGACGACUGGGAUCCAAAAACGACGACGAUUUAAACGAAGAGGAGGAGGAUGCGACCAUGGGAGACGCGGAAGAGGAGGAAGACGUCCCGGUAGCACCGCGGCGGCUACAGAGGAAGCAGGACAGACAAUUCACGCCGCCGCCACCCCAGAGCCCAGCGGCGCGGUCGAGUCCCGGACUAUUUGUGUCUCCGGAUCGGCAGUCACCCAUAAAACCUGCAAACGCGACAACCGCCGAUGACGCCUCCGACUCGGACGCAUCGCUCCCCUCCUUGACAAAGAACGCCAGGUUUCAGGCGCUCGUCGAGCGCAAGAAACAAGAGAGACUCGCGCGCGAGGCCGAGGAGGAGAAGAAGCGCGCCGAGCGACAGCAGCGCCAGCCGAUCAGCGUCGUCGACCUCUUUGACGAUGAUGAAGACACCGGCAACGUUUCCGAUAUCACCGACGACGAGGGCGGCCGGAAGCUCAGCCAGGCCGCUAGGCCCACGAGGAAAGCUGGGAAGAAAGCAGUCGAGGAGAUGGCUCGUGAGACGCAGCGCAUGGCUCGUAACAUGCAGCUUGCCCACGAGGCCAAGACGAGGAAGAAGUUCACGAAGGCGGAUUUUCUCCAACGAUUCAACUUUGGAGCUCAACCCAAGUCUGAUCCCAAGUUGUCGAGCUCGAGUCGCCCUACCACGCCUGUCUCGGCGCACCAGACUGACGCUGAGAUGAAGGAAGCCGAGACGCCGCCCAGCUCUCCGCCCGUCGCCAAGACUACCUCUCCUGCCAAGCUCGAAGAGCCCACGACUAUUGCGCAGCCCAUUGUUGACUCCGAUGACAAUGGUGACAUGUCUCCCCUUGACGACGUGUUCGAGCUAUCGAGAAGAGUUGACAAGGGUAAGGGCAGGGCCGUUACGUCUCCCAAGGAGACUCUUAUCAGCGAGGUCAAGCCUCGUCGUCACGUUCGCAUCAAGCUGCCAGCAGUGUUAGUAAGCCAUGCAGUCAUCGACCUUGAUGACGACGAUGAAAUGGCCAUCGGCAGCGGGAAGAACAGCAAACUCGAUGCCAUCUUUAAUAGAGCCCCUAAGAACAAGGCCCAGGGAUCUCGAUCUCUGCUUGCCCUGCGCCGCCUCGCUCGGGUGGGCUCACCGACCAAGGAGAGGAAGAGGAAGUAUGAAAAGGCAACGAUCACCACGGGCCAACUACAGAUGUCUCUGCAACAACGGGCCCGCCAGCAGGCUAAAAUGGAGCGCGAAAAGCGACUUGAGUACCUCAAGUCAAAGGGCGUCGUUGUGCAGACCGCCGAGGAGCGUGAGCGCGAGAUGCAAGAAGUCGAGGACAUCGUUUCCCGAGCUAGGAGGGAAGCCGAGGAGAUCAUGGAGCGUGAGAGAGAAGCUGCCAAGGAGGAGAAAAGGGAGAAGAGGAAGAAUGGCGAGCUCGAUGUAUGGGAUGAUAGUGACGACGAGUCCUGGGACGGUUCCGAAGAGGAGGUGGAGGGAGGCGUCGAGAUCGAGGUUGAGCUGUCUGGCUCUGACGACGAGGGUGCCGAUGUGGACGAAGACGUCUCGGAGCCAGAGAUGGAAGGCGCUGCGCUGUUCGACAAUGAAGCUGACGACAGCGGCUCAGAGCACCCCGAAGCCGAGGCGGAGGUCUCAGAAGUCGAGAAUGAUCCAGAGUCUGAAGACGACAUGGGUCUUCCUACGCGCAACAUCCGUCGAUCGAAGAAAAGCCAAGUCAUCUCAGACGAUGAAGACGAGGACAGGAUCGAGGCGACGCCUAGACCCAGAACUGCAACUCAACAAUCACCCAUUGCGCCUAACACCAAGUCGCCCGCCGUUCCAACCUCGGUUCUGCGCUCUGCAAAGAAGACAUUCAUCCCCGGUCUACCUGUUACAGGAGCCGCUGGGCUCGGCCUCACCCAGAUUUUCGCUGGUACAAUGGAUGACAGCCAGGCAGUUCCUGGCACGAUCCCCUCUCAAUCCCCCAUGCCGGAUUUCGACAGCCUUCCCGACUCCAACUUGAUGGGUCUGACUCAACACCACGACAGCUUGGUUCUCGACAGCCAGAGCGGCGACACCCAAAGGGCCGAGACGCAGCCGGAUUCCGCCGAGGGCGUUCACCUGCACUUUACUCAAUCCCAGGCGCGUGGAUUUGACAGCUUUUUGCGUGACGACGAGCCGUUUACGCAGAUUUCUAUGGAUGCCACUCAGGAUGCAGGCCCGCAAGACUACACACCGCUGAAGCAGCGCUUCGUCGAUCCGCCCCCUUCGACCGUGGAUACUAUGGUCCUCGAAAGGGAUGCCGAGGUUGACUCAGUACAGGAGUCACCUCUCGUUCGCAGGGGCAAAUUGCGCCGCAAGAUUGACGUUGCAGCUACUGUCGUGGAUGACGAAGAUAAUGAGGAGUCCAGGGCCAGCCCAGAGGUAGAUGAAUUUGGCUUUCAGACGACGGCCUUCAACGUCAUGAAGGAGGCCGUCAAGAAGCAGAAACAGCUCAAGAAGGCAGAGGAGUACAACCGCAAGAAGAGCAAGGCCAAGGAGAUGGUGGAGGAACAGGCCGACGAGUCUGAGGACGAAUAUGCAGGUCUGGGAGGUGUAGAUGGCGAAGACAGCGACGACGACGAUGAUGCUGCCUCCGUCAAAGAGAUGAUUGACGAUGAGAACGGCAUGACUGCCGACGAUGAGCGCAAACUUGCUGCUCUUCACGCUGAUAAUGAGCGUCAGAGCGACGAGAAGAUGGUAGACAAGCUCUUCCAUGACAUCACAACCGGUAUGCUUCGCCGCAAGCGCGGCGCCGACUACGACCUCUCAGACUCGGACGACGGCGGCGAGGCCCGUCGACGGUUGAAGCGUCGGCAGUUCCAGAAGAUGCAGCAGGCCCUCUUUGCCGACGAGCGCAUCAAGAAGAUUGCCGAGAAACCCGGAAACCAAGCCUUCCUGCGCACCAUCGAGGACCGUGGCAGCGACGAGGAGAUGGACUUCCUCGACUUCGCGCCCGAGCCGAUGGAGACGGAGGCCUCGCAGUCCCAGGAGCAGCAGCAGACCGUACCGGACAGCCAGCCCGCGGCGCAACGUCCACCUCUCGCCUCCAACGCCACGAACGUGCCGUCUGCCGCCAACGCGCGUAGGACAAAGGACGGCAAGAAGCCUUCCAACCUGGGGGAGAUUCGCGAGUCCGUCUCCAGUCUGCUCGAGGACUUCAACGAGGUGGUUCCGGCUACGGACCCGCACUCGGACAGCGAGGCGGACGACGAGGAGGGGCACCCGUCGACGUCGCCGCGCCGCGGGGGUAACAAGGAGAACCGUUCGCCCGGCAAGAACCCGCGCCGCACGAACUCGCGCCAGGUCGUCGUUGACCGGCUCACCAUGAAACGCCAGUCGUCCUCCAACAUGUCGACAACGUCCGCCAAGCUCGCCUUUGCGAUGCCCAACGCCGCCGGGUCGGCUGUUGGCCCCUCGGGCGGCGGCGGCGGCGGCAGCAGCUUCAGGGUUCCUGCGCUGCUCCGGCGCGCGACGACGAACUCGUCCGUGUUGAGUUCGCAGGGUAGCGGUGGCAGCGUCGGCGGUAUCCGCGGCAGUGAAGCCAGCAACGGAGCCGUGUCUUUCUCUGCCCGCGGCGGUGGCGGCGGUGGUUUCGGCGACGACGGCAAGAUCAAAAAGAACGCGAGCAAAAAGUCUGGCGUGAGCGCUUUGGCGAGAGAGAAUGAGCGCCGCGCGGCGAUCCAGGAGAAUGAGAAGCGGAGGGAGGCGAGGAAGUGGAAGGGUGCUGAGAGGAGGCACCAGGCCGUGAAUGGGCUCUUUGGGUCGGGCAAGUUUGAGUAA